AUGGCAGAUGCGCUGUAUGAAUUGCUCCGGCCACAUCUCAAGAACCCCCGUUCAACGCCAUCGGAGAAUGAUUCGAAAUAUCUCAGCCGUCUCGUGUCGCUUCGUCUGGCGGACUUGACCACGACUGAGCCUCAGUCGACUGCACAAGCAUCACAAAGCAAUCUCGUUUCUAUUCAAGCCCUCUCAUCACGAUCUCACCGCACCACCACCACAUCCUCAGACCAUCUCUCCACCCUCAGCCAGUCUCUACCACAGCUGGUCUCAUCAGUGGAUGACAUUCGAGCAUCUAUCCCAAAUCUCGACAAGAGUGCCGUCACGUUUGCCACGUCGUAUAGCAAACUACGAGAAGACAAUGAACUACUCGCCGCCCGCAAACAAGCCGCACUCCUAGCUCGCCAAGCAGAUAAAGUCCAGGAUAUUCUUGACCUACCCAACCUUCUGGCCGCUACGAUCGCUUCUGCUGGAACAUCUGGAGCUGGUGGUGCAGUGGCCGGUGGUGCCAAUUACUCUCAAGCUCUUGACCUGUUCGCACACAUCAAACGCCUACAGUCGCUAUAUCCAGACUCUCAACUCGUGAAAUCUGUUCUGGUUGACGCUCAAGUUGCCAUGAAAGACAUGACGACGAAUUUAAUAUCAAGCCUACGAUCCCAGAACAUCCGACUAGCUGCAGCCAUCCGAACAAUCGGUUGGCUUAGACGUGUCACUCCAGAACUGAGCACGAAUACCUCAUACUCAUCCCAAACCCGGCCUACUCAACUAUCGCUUUCCACCUCAACGCAAGCAUUAAAUCCCACACAAGAUGAAGGCCACUUUGGCGCUCUCUUCCUCUGUGCUCGACUAGCGACCUUCCUCAGCAUGACCGAAGCACUAGCUCCACUUCGCGAACUUGCCGAUCAGGAAACCGCGACACGUCUAUCACAAGCCAACGAAGCCUCCCCCGAUCAAACACCAUCAUCCUCAUCAAACAACGCAUCAUCUCGCAGCCACCCAACUCGAAGAAGCUCCAACACCACCUCAACAUAUAACCCAUCCGCUGGACAACAAACGGAACGAUACCUGAAGCGAUACAUUGAGAUUUUCCGAGAACAGUCAUUUGCAACCAUCAGCAUGUACCGAAACACAUUCCCAGAGCCAGAACAAGAAUCUACGACCAACAGCGACAAUGCAAAUCUAGAUUCAUCGUCGUCAUCAUCACUCCAUAAUCUCCUAGCCCUCCCACCAGCGGUCUCAUCGUUUCCAUUACAUCUUGUUUCUCUCUUGACCGAAACACUCCAGACAUAUCUUCCUAAUAUUACCGACGUCACAGCGAGAGAGUCAUUGCUAAUGCAAGUGCUUUAUGCGGCAAACAGUCUCGGCCGAUUAGGGGCGGAUUUCAGUCUGAUUACAGCUUUGGUGACAACAACGGCAGCGGCGGAAGAUGUCACAACGGGGACGGCGAUGGAGCGACAAGAGAAGGAUGGCUCGACGUCGAUAUCAGAACCGACCACCUCCGCGGUUGAUGAGUCCGGUGCUGAAAAGACAAUGGCCAGGGCUGACGAACAGGAUGAGAACAAAGACACCGCUGCGGACGCAGAAGCAGGAGCAGAAGCAGCAUCAGAGCCAGAGUCAAUACCACCACCAACCAAACCAGCCGUUGAACCUGAAUGGGUCGCCAUCAUCAAGAAACACCGCGUACAGGCCGCCAGACUCGAAGCACUGGCUGCAGGUCAGGAUCGGAGUGUUCACAGGCGUGAAUCGAACGACGUGGCCGUGCGAUGA